UUGCUCAUUGUAUAAUCCAUCUUCUUGUAUCAGAUCUGCUCAACAAUCCCCUUUGAUUUUUUUCCCUAUCUUCUCAAUCCCUCCCUUCUUCUGCUUGAUUUCUGGUCUUUGAUUAUCCUCCCAGAUGGGUGUCGCCGUUAUCAAUCCUCGAGAUUGCUUAAACAAUUCAUCUUUUCCCCAACCCCUUCCCUCUUCUCUCCCCAGAAUGAAAGUUUUGACGUCUCACCAGACCACAAACCCUAAAGCGAACCGGAGCAGCCGCAGCCGCCCCAACACCCGUCCCAAGCGGAGCUCCUCACGUCCCCACGAUGAUGAGCGCCCGACCCGCUCAACGUCCGCGUUCAUGGUCAAACCGCAGCCCCAUAAACCUGUCAUGGGUCAAAUAAAAAUCCUCAAACGUGGUGAACUGCUAACCGACGCUCAGACUCCGGCUCCUGCUCCUGCUCCGGCUCCCGUCGUCGAGCGGGCAGAUCUGUUAAAGACAGACCUGGAAUCGAUGGCCAGGAUGGUUCCGAAUCCUGAACCAGCUCCUGUGGAAGGACUUGUGGGAUUUUAUGCUGGAUCCUCUAUGUUUGUGGCAUCGCCGCCGCCCAGUUCAGUCCCCUUGCCUGCUUUUUUCACUAAGAAGGCAGUCAGUGACGCUACGAGCGACCUGCGGAGGAUUCUGCGGUUGGAUCUGCAGUGACUUUACUUAUUCUGUGAUUGGAAGGACUUGGACACUGGUCUUUGGUGAUUGGGGCUUGUAACCCUCGAUCUUCUCUUAUUUUUUCAGCGGGAAGAUGGGGUGGACGGCUCUAAUUAUUUUGACGCUCUGUUCAGACUACCACCGUACAUAGGAUUAUUAGGAUUUAGACCUGAGUAGAUGCUUCAGCUUUUUCUUGUUCGAUCUUUUGUUGGAUCUGGUGGUAGGAUUUGAUUAGGUUGUUUUGUUUACAAUUGUAUGAAAAGUAGCUCGUCUUGUGUUCUGUAGUUGCCCGUAGCAGCAGGUAUCCAGCAUAUAGAACUUGCCAAUGUCUGUCCUGUCAUACGUAUUUUGUUUAGUGAAAAUGUUAAUUCCUUUCUUAUCGUAAUACAAAGUUGUGUGCUUUCUCCGAUUUCCUCUUA